AUGAAGGCUCCUACAAGGAAAGACAUGGGUCUACAGAGUGUGACAAAGGCUUACAGAGUGAUGAAUGUGCCAAGGAGAGAGGAAUGUGCCAAGGGUCUUUGGAGUGAUGAAUGUGCCAAGGGUCUGUGGAGUGAUGAAUGUGCCAAGGAUCUGUGGAGUGAUGAAUGUGCCAAGGGUCUGUGGAGUGAUGAAUGUGCCAAGGAUCUGUGGAGUGAUGAAUGUGCCAAGGGUCUGUGGAGUGAUGAAUGUGCCAAGGAUCUACAGAGUGAUGAAUGUGCCAAAGAUCUACAGAGUGAUGAAUGUGCCAAUGGUCUGUGGAGUGGUGAAUGUGCCAAGGGUCUGUGGCGUGAUGGAUGUGCCAAGGGUCUGUGGAGUGGUGAAUGUGCCAAGGGUCUGUGGCGUGAUGGAUGUGCCAAGGGUCUGUGGAGUGAUGGAUGUGCCAAGGGUCUGUGGAGUGGUGAAUGUGCCAAGGGUCUGUGGAGUGAUGGAUGUGCCAAGGGUCUGUGGAGUGAUGGAUGUGCCAAGGGUCUGUGGAGUGAUUAA